AUGGAUGCCAUGAGUUGUAAUGUCUGUGGAAAUAGAUUGGUUAUUAAGGGUAUUUCACUUGUUUGUACUGGAUGUGGAAAUGCUACUGUAUGAAAAUAUCACUUAUAAUUAGAGAAGUAAUCAUAUAUUCUCGACUGAACAAGAAUAUUAAAAAUCUGUGUUAAAAAGAACUACUUCACAUAUUAAACAAAGAAGAGAAAGAGAAAUUCAACUUAAUCUUACAUUAUCAGAACAUAUUAAACAAAAUUGGAUAUAAUAUUUAGCAGCAUUUACUAAGUUUAUUAAUUUUAUUGGAAAAUAAUUGAAUUUAGAUAUCAAACCACUUUAUUAAAGAUAUUUGCUUCAUCAUAUUAAUCAACCAGUUAAUUCAAAUUGGACUAUUGCAAGAAAAGGACAUUAAGCAUUUUCUGAAAAUAGAAUUGUAAAUUCAAAAUACAAAUUUAAUAAAUCUAAUAUAGAAUCAACACUUAAUAUUAAAAUAGAAGAUGAUUUUGAUCAUGAUUUCGAAAAAUAAUUAUAAUAUAAUUUUACAUAGGAUUAAUUAAAUUAAAGUUCAAUUAUAGAAAUCUAAUAAAUAAAAAAGAAAAUAUCUAAACCAAAAACACCAUUUUAUUAAAAAAGAAUCAUUAAACUUCAAUUAAAAUAAGGAAAUAAUCUAAAUUAAACAAUUUCAAAAAGAAAAUAAUCUGUACAUAGAAAAGGAUCAUAAAUAUUAGAUAUUCCUGUUAAUUAAGAUAAAUCAACCUUUAUUAAUGGUUUACUUUCUUCUACUAAUCUAACAAAUACAAUUUAUUAUGCUUUAAUUGAAAUAUAUUUUGAAAAAUUUUACAAUUCUACAACAAAUGAUUUAAAUCUUGCAAUAAAAAAGAUUAAAAAUAUUAAAUUAAAUAAUAAUACUCAAAUUCUCUCUCUUAAAUCAAUAAAUUAAGAAUUGUUUUAAGAAAUGUCUCCUUUUUUAUAAAAGGAAUAUGUAUUAGUUUAAGAUAUAUUAAUUUAUAUGUUAGGAUGUCAAAAUAAUUUUUUUGAGAUGUCUGAAUAAUGGAAUAAAUUAGAUUUUAAGAAUCUUAAUAAAAAUCUAAAAAAAAGAAAUGUAAAUUUUGUCUCGAGAAAAAUAAAAUAUAUUUAAUAAUUUUUAAAAUCUUGUUAAUAAAAAGAAAUCAACACUUAAGAAACUGAUAUAACAGUCAAUAUAAAUAAUAAAUUAUUUUCUAAAAAAAAAAUAAAUUUGAUACCAUUAGAUUUUACUUUUGGCUUAAUUUUAAUAUAUGCUACAAAUCUUAUUCAAGGAAAUAAAAUUUUUCCAAGUAAAUUAAUUUAAUUAAUAAAACAAAAAAAAAUAAAUUAUUUGGAAGGAUUUUCACAUUUAAUGAAUGACACAACAAGCCAAUAUUUAACAAUUCCUUAACAUUUACCUAAAACUUGUUUCAUUAGACAUUAAGCUGUUAAAUUAUUAAAACAAUUUAAUAUUGAAUAUUAGGAAUCUAAUAGGGAAUAAUUUCUAGAUAUGUUUAAAAGUAUUUGUAUUGAAUUAAAAAUAUCUCAACAAAUUUAUAGUAUUGCUAUGACUUUUGAAUAAAAGUACUUUAUUAAUUUCAAUAUUCAUAAUAGUGAACAUGAUAUAUACUCUUGUAGUUUAAUUUUGCUUGCAUUUAAAUAUUAUAUUUAUCUAGAUAAAUUAAACGCAAUAAAAGAUUUAUCAUCAAUUUUUGAAUAUUGUAAAAAUAUCUAACCAUAUGAUUAUAAAGAUUUAGAGGAUUGUAGUCUAGAAAAUUUAAGAUAUAAAUUAAAUGCUUUAUAAAACUUAGAGUAAUAUUAUGGUAAUAGAGAUAGAAAUAUCAAAUUAAAUGAGAAAUUAUAAUAAUUAGAUAAUUAUUUUGAAUAACAAAUAAUAUAAGAAUAUCAUAAACAAGCUUAAACUGUUGAGAUAAUAAAUGAAGUCAAAAUAAAUAUAAUUCAUGAAGAUUGGGACUUUUAUAAAACAGGAGAUUUUGAAUUUGAAGCUCCUGAAGUAAGAUUUUUGGAAAUGAAAUUAAGUAAUUACAUUGAUGAUGAUGAAAAUUCUAUAAUUAAUUUAUUUCAUGAGUUAGAAAGACUCUUGGUAUGA